CUCCUUUUUGAUCCUUGGACUCCUCUGCUUGGCUAGAGCAAACCCCCUUUGCCCUGGAAACGCAGCGGUUUACGAAGCCCCCAGCAGCACCACAGUCUGCGAAUCUACCUCCAACUUAGGCCUGAAUAGUCUGGGCUAUGGCGGUCUAUGGGGACGUGGCUACGGCUAUGGCGGUCUUGGAGGGACGACCGUUUGUGAGUCUACACCGAGCGUUGGCGCUACCGUCUGUGAAACUACACCCAGUAUGGUACAACCAUGUCAUGGAAGCAUCGGUGGCACCACAGUAUGUGAAACAACACCUAAUAUGAACUUUGGGUUUGGGUAUAAUCCAUAUGCCAAUUUUGGAGGAGGUGCUACGGUUUGUGAGACUGUACCUAAUAUAGGCGGGAGUGUUGGGGGUACAACAAUCUGCGAGACUAAACCGACCGUAGGCUAUGGAAUGGGAUAUGGUAUGGGCGGAAUCGGUGGUGCCACAGUCUGUGAGACCAUACCAAAUGUGGGCUAUGGAAUGGGCUAUGGUAUGGGUGGGAUUGGAGGUGCUACGGUUUGUGAAACUAUCCCGAGUAUAGGCUAUGGAGGCUAUGGAGGCUAUGGUGGCUAUGGAAUUGGUGGGAUUGGUGGGAUUGGUACAACGGUUUGUGAGACCGUACCGAACGUAGGCUAUGGAAUGGGCUAUGGUAUGGGUGGUAUUGGUGGGAUCGGUGGGAUCGGUGGUACUACGGUCUGCGAAACUAUACCAAAUGGCUAUGGCAUGGGCUAUGGUAUGGGUGGAAUCGGUGGUAUUGGUGGUGCUACCGUCUGUGAAACGAUUCCUAACAUAGGCUAUGGAGGCUACGGUAUCGGUGGAAUGGGCUACGGUAUGGGUGGGCUCGGCUACGGGAUGGGUGGGAUCGGUGGCACCACAGUUUGUGAAACUAUACCAAACAUGGGCUAUGGAGGAUACGGAAUUGGCGGAAUGGGCUAUGGUAUGGGUGGCAUGGGCUACGGAAUGGGUGGGAUCGGUGGUACCACAGUUUGUGAAACUGUUCCAAACAUGGGCUAUGGAGGGUACGGUAUCGGUGGAAUGGGCUAUGGUAUGGGUGGAAUGGGCUACGGUAUGGGUGGAAUGGGCUACGGCAUGGGUGGAAUCGGUGGUACUACUGUUUGCGAAACCAUACCAAGCUAUGGAGGGUACGGUAUAGGUGGCAUGGGCUGUGGAAUGGGUGGAAUCGGUGGUACCACAGUUUGCGAAACUGUGCCAAACAUGGGCUAUGGAGGGUACGGAAUUGGUGGAAUGGGUUACGGUAUGGGUGGAAUGGGCUAUGGAAUUGGUGGAAUGGGCUGUGGUAUGGGUGGGAUCGGUGGUGCUACCGUCUGUGAAACUAUACCAAGCGUAGGCUAUGGGGGCUGUGGCAUGGGUGGAAUUGGUGGUAUCGGUGGUAACACGGUCUGUGAGACCAUAUCAAACGUAGGUUAUGGCGGCUGUGGUAUGGGUGGGAUUGGUGGUGCUACCGUCUGUGAAACUGUACCAAACGUAGGCUAUGGCGGCUGCGGCAUGGGCGGAAUUGGUGGUACCACGGUCUGCGAGACUGUUCCGAACUUGAACUAUGGAAUGGGCUAUGGCGGUCUGGGUUACGGUGGUCUAGGUCUUGGCGGGUCCACAGUCUGUGAAACUAUACCAAGUUUAUCCUAUGGCUCAGGGUUAGGGUACCCAUGGGGUAUGCACCCUAGUUGUGGCUGUGGGUCUAUGGGGUACGGAGGUAUGGGUCUAGGUAUGACUCCUUUUUUAUGAAGAGCUCUUCUUCCCACAGGGACUUAAAAGUGGGAGGGAGAUAUCCGUUUCUGGUAUAUAACAAGUCCGAGUGUAGCGAAUACCGCCAUUUGUCUUAUGGAUUUUGAUUGGUCUCAUUGUCUGUUUAGAAUUGUUUGCGCAUAAUUUUGUAAUUUACAACUGAUUAUUUCUUUUUAAGUAUACAGUGAUUAUGACGGCCAGUGGACUAAUUUGGAGGAUUCGAGUCAAAAUUCUAAGAAGACACUUAUACGAGUAUUUGUGUUUGUCCUAUCAUACUCCUUGCGUUAUCCCGGCAUUUGCCACGGCUCAUGGGAGCCUGGGGUCCGCUUUGACAACUAAUCCCAAGAUUUGGCGUAGGCACUAGUUUUCACGAAAGUGACUGCCAUCUGCCGUUUCCUCACGAUGUUUUCCUUCACCGAAAAGCGACUGUCACUGUGUUUGUCAUAUAUAAGUAUUAUAUUUGUUUCUACGUUAUUUAUGUUUAAAAAUGUAUUUAAAUUUUUCCAUUUCACUGUAUAUGAUAUAAUUGAUAUAGUAGUUACUACGACAAGCAUUAUUUGAAGCGCGGAUCGAGCUUCGUGCCCAGGGGGGGGGGUCACGUGGUAAAGGCCCAGGCCCCAGGGGGGGGGGUCACGUGGUCUAUUUGUAUGGCCAACCUAGGCUCCAGGGGGCAUGACCCCCAUGACCCCCCCCCUGGAUCUGCGCAUGCAUUAUUUAACUUCCUGAAGGAUUAGUUCGAUCAGUAUGAAUAGUUUCGUACUAUGUAUUUUUACUGUGCAUUUAAAUGAGCUAUUUGAUUUUGUACGAGACUAAUAAUAAUAUUAUUAAUUUAAUAUUAAUUGGCGUAAACAAAUUCUAAACAACAAGUUUUAGUUUUAGUUUACGAAGCAUGUUGAAAACAGGUACUUCUGAUGUAUAUGCAAAAUAUAAUUGCCUUCCAUUUUGUAACAAAAAAUAACGCAUACAAUUUAGUAAAAAAAUCGUGUGAAAUAUUUGAUAUGUAUAUAUAUUAUCCAUGUAAUUAUGUAUAUAUAAGUAUGGGGUUAGAAUCCCGGUAAGGACAUUUAUUUGUGUGAUGAGCACAGAUAUUUGUUCCUGAGUCAUAAAUGUUUUCUAUGCCGUAGGACUCAGUGAAUCUGUGUAAGAUAUCCAAUAUUUUUUUAUUGAAAAAGGCAAUCCACUUAGAAUUUUUUUUAAUAUUAUUGUAUAGAUUAUACAUCAAUAUAUAUAACUACCUAAAAUAUUUUAUUGACUCGUUUUUUAUGUAUUAUCUAAAUCCUAAAAUAGUUUUGCAUAUAUGUCUGGAUUGAAAAAAAAAAGUGAGAAGGUUAAUUAUUUCAAAACAUAAAGACUGUAUAUAUUUCAUUGGCGAUUAAAUUAUAUAUUAUGUU